GGCUUCGAGUCAUCUGGCAAGACCGCAGGGGCCCGAGUCAUCUGGCAAGACCGCGGGCCCCGAGUCAUCUGGCAAGACUGCGCACCCCGAGUCAUCUGGCAAGACAGCGGGCCCCGAGUCAUCGGGCUCCGAGUCAUCUGGCAAGACAGCGGGCUCCGAGUCAUCUGGCAAGACAGCGGGGCCCCGAGUCACCAGGCACGACAGCGAGCUCUGAGUCAACUGGCACAACAGCGGGCACCGGGUCAUCAGGUAUCGGAUCGUCUGGCUCGACAGCGCGGCACCAGGUCAUCUGGCUCGACAGCGGGCAUCGGGUCACCAGGCAUUGGAUCG